AUGCCGACCUCCGAGAAGCACACCCUCCGCCGGAUGGAGGGCGUCUCCAACCUCCGUCGCGCUGCCACCUUGCCACACACUGCGAAUUCGAACACCUCGGCCAGCCAGCUCCAGGCUCUGCUAACUCGCCCGGCAUCGCAAGAACUGCUGCCCACACCCCCACCAGAAUACUCCCAGGAGCCACCCAUUCAAAUGCCACAACCAAGGAGGCUAUCCCUGCCGCCACUCUUCUUCGUAGAGCAGGCUCCCUUGAGUGUCACGGUGCGGCCGCUGCCUAUCCCGCCGCGCGGCGCGCCCCACAUGAUCGUGCGCCCGCUGCCACAGCCCCCCUCCGGGACGGCCAACGCCACGGUGCAGCCGCUUCCUAGCCAACCGACCAUCGCGUCAGACUACACUCGACUGUACACCGCGCUCCAGAAUCAUGAGGAGAUGGUUGGAGCUGACUCCGCGCAUGACCAGCUGCGAAGUCCUCCGCCGUAUCAGGUAAUUCCACCUGCUUUAGUGAGUUCUGCUCCCCGCUCGCUGCGGCCACUCCCCAGGCCCCCGCAACAGAGUGGCCCGCCCGCUGCGUCUGUCGCACCUGCUUGUUCAGUGAGCUCUAUGCCUCGGCCGCUGCGGCCGCUCCCGAAACCGCCGCAACAGAGUGGCCCGCCUGUCGCGUCUAACGACCCUGCGGAGGGUGGCUCGCGAACUGUCUUAGGCAACGUCUCUGGCCUCGACGUGCAGGUCGAGCUGUUCCCCGGCCGCAGCGCGACGACCCGGUCUAAGCGUAAGGAAGAGGACGAGUACCAGCCUUGCUUGUAUGAUGAGCAGCAACGCCAGUAG